AUGUUGUUUAGGCUUUCAGACUGCAGUGUCACUGAAGAAGGCUAUAAAGCUCUGGCUUCAGCUCUGAGAUCAAACCCUUCACACCUGAUAGAGCUGGAUCUAACAGGAAAUGAUCCUGGGCAAUCAGGAGUGAAGGAGCUCAAUGAUUUACUGCAGGAUGAUUCCUGUCAAUUAAAGAUCAUCAGGUUUCUCAAAAGUCCUGCUGCACAGGAAGCAUGUGAUUAUCUCAUUAAAAUUCUAGGUACAAGUCCAUUACUACUGAAAGAACUGGAUCUGAGUGAAGAUAAAAUUGGAGAUCUGGAUUGGGAGAAGCUCUCUGCUCUUUUUAUGGACUCCCAUUGCAAACUGGAAAAAAUUAUGCUGAAUAAUUGUAGGCUGACAGAGAAAAUCUGUUCAGUUCUAGCUACUGUUCUCUCCUCCAAAACCAUCCUGAAAGAGAUGAACCUGAAUAACAGCCGUCUGCUGGUCUCAGGAGUCAAAGAGAUCUGUAAGGGACUGAAGAAUCCUGUGUGUGAGCUAAAGAUACUUAAACUUUCAGAUUGCAGUAUCACAGAAGAAGGUUAUAAAGCUCUGGCGUCAGCGCUAAGAUCAAACCCUUCACACCUGAUAGAGCUGGAUCUCACAGGAAAUGAUCCUGGACAAUCAGGAGUGAAGGAGCUCAUCGAUUUACAACAUGAUCCAAACUUUCAACUGAAGACACUGAGGUUUCUGGGUCCUGCUGCAGAUGAAGCCUGUCAGUAUGUGAGUGGAAUUGUGGGUAAAAACCCGUUACUCCUGAGAGAGCUGAAUCUGAGUGAACAUAAACUAGGAGACACAAGAGUGAAUCAGAUCACUGCUCUACUGCAGGAUAAACACUGUACACUCAACACACUGAUUCUAUAUAGAUGCAGUAUUACAGAGAAACAAUGUCUCAUCCUGAUUUCAGCUCUGAAAUUAAACCCUUCAUACCUGAGAGAACUGGACAUAAGUGAGAAUGAACUAAAAAACACAGGAGUGAAUAACUUAUGUGACGUUCUGAAAGAUUCACACUGUAAACUUGAGAGACUGAGGCUUUCAGACUGCAGUAUCACUGAAGAAGGUUAUAAAGCUCUGGCUUCAGCUCUGAGAUCAAACCCUUCACACCUGAUAGAGCUGGAUCUGACAGGAAAUGAUCCUGGACAAUCAGGAGUGAAGAAGCUCAGUGAUUUACUACAGGAUGAUUCCUGUAAAUUAAAGAUCAUCAGGUUUCUGAAAAGUCCUGCUGCACAAGAUGUGUGUGAUUAUCUCACCAAAGUUCUGGGUAAAAGUCCGUUAUUACUGACAGAACUGGAUCUGAGUGAAGAUAAAAUUGGAGAUUUGGAUUGGGAGAAGCUCUCUGCUCUUUUGGUGGACUCUCAUUGCAAACUGGAGAAAAUAAAGCUGAAUAAUUGUGAGCUGACAGAGAAAAGCUGUUCAGUUCUAGCUACUGUUCUCUCCACCAAAACCAUCCUGAAAGAGCUGAACCUGAACAACAACUGUCUGCUGAACUCAGGAGUCAAAGUGAUCUGUGAGGGAUUGAAGAAUCCUGUGUGUGAGCUGGAGAUACUCAAACUUUCAGACUGCAGUAUCACUGAAGAAGGUUAUAAAGCUCUGGCUUCAGCUCUGAGAUCAAACCCUUCACACCUGAAAGAGCUGGAUCUCACAGGAAAUGAUCCUGGACAAUCAGGAGUGAAGGAGCUCAAUGAUUUACUACAGAAUCCAAACUGUCAGGUGAAGACACUGAGGUUUUUGGGUCCUGCUGCAGAUGAAGCCUGUCAGUAUGUGAGUGGAAUUGUGGGUAAAAACCCGUUACUUUUGAGAGAGCUGAAUCUGAGUGAAUGUGAACUAGGAGACACACGAUUGAAUCAGAUCGCUGCUCUGCUGAAGGAUAAACACUGUAAACUCAAAACACUGAAGUAA